GCUCGUUGUGUUCGAACGUUUCUCUCUCAGACACAUUACACCUCAAUUCACUAUCUUACUCUCUCUCUCUCUCUCACUCUCUCUCAAAACAACAUCAAGUUUAUAAAAGCCGGUAACCGCGUGGUGUGUGUGCUGUGUUCCCUUAAUAAGCACGCGGAUUCACGCGAAUUAAAUCGACCUACUUUAGAAAAACAAGAAAACUAGUUCGUCAACUUAUAAAUAAAUGUUUCUAUUUUGAAAAAAAAAAAAUUUUUUCUUUUAAACGGAAUAUAAAAAUUUUUUUUUUUAAAACUUGUGAUCGUGUGUGCGUUGGUAUCAGCUGUACCACUCAUCUCUCGCCAGGGGAUCAGAAGACUUUUUUUUUUUCUUCAUUCCUUUUUCGGGUAUGUGUCAACGUGAAAAUUUUUGAUGUAUUCGUUAAAACCCAUUGUCUAAAAGAUCGUGAAAUUGGAAUUUUUUUUUUUUUUUUUUUUGCAAAAAUGUCACGAAUAUCAUUGCUGCUCAUUGGAGCUUGUAUGAUGACCAUUUUCAAUAUGGGAAAUUGUGAGCUUUAUACGGCUUUGGCUGAUAUGGAGGAAUUAUUGGAGACGGAAGCUGUUCUGAUUGACACACUUCAUGGCUAUAUACAAGCACAGGAGCAACGAUUGGCAACUCUUCGUAGAAACGUUGAUGAUUAUUCGAGGGAACAUGAAGAUGCAUCACGCAAUAUUCAACAAUAUCUGUCAAAUCCAAUAAAUGCAUAUUUAUUGGUAAAAAGAUUAACCACUGAUUGGAAAAGAGUGGAGGAAUUAUUAACAGAAGAUGUUGGAAAUGCUUUUGUUGCAAACAUUACAAGUUCACGAAGCGACUUGAAAUUUCCGACAGACGAGGAUCUUAAUGGUGCUGCAGUUGCUUUAAUGAGGUUACAAGACACUUACAAGCUAGAAACAGCUCAAGUUGCAAAGGGCGUUCUCAAUGGGGUUCAAUAUAGUACUGGAUUAUCAGCUGGUGAUUGUUUUGAGCUUGGCAGACAGUCUUACAAUAAUGGCGACUAUUAUCACACUGUACUUUGGAUGCAAGAGGCCAUGGAUCGUCUCCAAGAGGAGCAAAACAGAACAACAACUUCCAAGCCAGAUAUCUUGGAAUACUUGGCAUUCUCCACUUAUAUGCAAGGAAACGUUGCAAGAGCACUGAGUAUGACAAAUGAACUUUUGGAAUUAGUGCCAACGCAUCAAAGAGCUUUAGGAAAUCGAGCAUAUUAUCAAGAAGAAAUUGAAAAAAAAUCUAGUCAAAUUAAAAAAAAACGAGGCGAAGAUGGUCAGGAUGAUAUUGGCCUAACAGAUCAACCCUUUACUGUGACGGAGAAGAAAAUCAAGACAUUGAAGGAAAUGACCGAGAGAGAGAGAUACGAAAUGCUAUGUCGAGGUGAAAUUUCACUACCCGCAGAUAUUCAAAAACAAUUGAAAUGUCGAUAUGUCGAGCGAGGAAUUCCAUUCUUGAAAAUAGCUCCCUUCAAAGAAGAAGAAGCUUAUCUCAACCCAAGAAUUGUGAUAUAUCACGAUGUAAUUUAUGACGAGGAAAUAGAGACCAUCAAAAGAUUGGCACAACCAAGAUUUAAGAGGGCUACAGUGCAAAAUUAUAAAACUGGUGAAUUGGAAAUUGCUCACUAUAGAAUUAGUAAGAGUGCAUGGCUUCAGGAACAUGAACACAAACAUGUUAAAGAUGUGAGCCGUCGUGUUGAAUAUAUGACAAGUUUGACUGUUGACACUGCCGAAGAACUUCAAGUUGUUAAUUAUGGUAUUGGCGGUCAUUAUGAGCCACACUUUGAUUUCGCAAGGAAAGAGGAAACGAACGCUUUCAAGAGUCUUGGCACUGGAAAUCGUAUUGCCACGGUUCUCUAUUAUAUGAGUGAUGUUGAACAAGGAGGUGGAACUGUUUUUACAAGAAUAAAUCUUUCAUUAUGGCCUAAAAAAGGAAGUGCAGCAUUUUGGUACAAUCUCAAACCAAAUGGAGGUGGUGAUUUUUUAACGAGACAUGCCGCCUGUCCUGUACUUACGGGAUCAAAAUGGGUUGCGAACAAAUGGCUGCAUGAGUCAGGACAAGAAUUUUUGAGGCCCUGUACAUUGGAAAAUCAACCGGAGGAUACUGAAAUUCCUUAUACCUUUUAAAAUUAAAAUGAGCGAAAAAAAAGAACUAGAACAAUGAAUUCAUUGAGAACUUGCCAAAAAAAGAAAGAAAAUCGAGAAUAGAUUUCUCUAUAUAGAAUCUUUUCUUGUGAAUAAUGAGAAUCUAUGAGGCUGCUUAUAAUCACAAUAUUGAAAAAUUUUUUCUCAAUGAAUUCAGUGAAAUUUAUUUUCCUUUUUUUUUUCUUUUUUUUGAAAAAAUGUUAAGUUUACUUCACACGAAGGUGUUGAUUGAAGCAAAAAUGCUUUUGUCAACAAUUUCUCUCGUUAAAAUAGCGACAAAUUUUCGUAUCGAAAUUUUUAAAAUACAUAUCGGCAAAGACUGCGAUAAAAAAAAACAAAAUUAACAGAUUUUUUUAUAAUAUUCGUUUGCAAAUAAAUUUGUUACAUUUUUUCAGGGGGAAUUUAACGAAUUAAGAGACUGAUAAUUGGCUUAAUGUAUGAGUAUAAUCAUCUAUUUAUCAAAGUUUCAAAAAAUUUUUACUUUUGACAAUAUUGUAUAAAAAAAGAACAAGACUGCUUUGUGACAAAUUCUAAAUAUUCUAUUUUAAAUUUUUUUCUUCCAUUAUGGAAAACUAAUUUUUAUUAAGAAAAAACAUUUAUUUAGAAUUUUUAAUUAAAUAUCUAUUCUAAUUAUACAAAAAAAAAAAACUUUCUUAUUCUAUUGAAUAAUUUAAUUCAAUUAUUAUUAUUGUUGAAUUGAAGUUUACGUACAUAAUUUUUAUGUGAAAAAAUUAAUUUUGAAUUCUUUAUUAAUAUUAAGUCUUGAUUCAAUUAAAAUAAAUAGCCAAUGGAAAUGUGUAGUGUAAAUAAUUGAAACAUAUUAAAUAAAUAUAUAAUAGAAACUUUUUUUUCGGAAAUUUAAGAUUAGAGAGAUUUUGAAAGAAUGAUAUUUUAGAAUAACAAAAUAAUCGCAAAGAAAAAAUGUGAUACUGCAAAAAUUUCAAAGACACACAAAAAAAUUAUUUGAGUUCUAUAAUUGGAUUUUUUUUUUUUUUUUUUUUGCAGUAAUUUAGAUAGGAAACUUAAUUUUAUAAAUAUUUCUUAUCGUCAAAAUGAUCAAACAUUGAGUGUUUCAACAAUCGAAUUUGAUAAAUUUUUCUAAAUAUAAAUAUAAUUCUCCUAUAAAUAUUAGAAAAAAGAAUAACAAAUUUUCAAUAUUCGAAUAUCUUUUAGAAUAUCGUGUCAAAAUUUCCAUUUUAUUCAAAAUAAUAUCAACAAAAAAUGAAUUUAAAUUAUAAAAUUUUAAUCUCCUCUUUAUAAGAAAUUAAAAAAUAAAGAACAAAAGAAAUAACACCUAUUAAGAAAAUUAAUAGUAAUUUUCUCAUUUUUUAAUUCUAUUUGUUUAAUAAAUAAAAAAUUUAUUUUUUUUGUAUCUGGUUUGCAAAAUAGACGAUAGGAAAACAAAUUACGUACUUUAUACUAUGAAAGUAUGAAUGAGAGUGCGAGAAGGUUUCACUGAAUUAUAAUACGAAAAUAAUUGUGAAUAGAUUAAAGUUAAUGAAAAAUGAUAAAAAAUUCAAAUGAUGUAAACGCGAUUUUGUGAGUACCAAUAAUAAAUUUAUUGGUAGCUCAAUGUAUACAUAUUAAGGAUUCCCAUAUUCAAAGAUUUUUUUUUUAUCUCAAUUUGUACAAAACAGAAAUUUCUUUUUAAGGUAUUUAUAAAAAUACAAACUUGCAAAAAAAUUAAAAAAAAAGUUGUGUAAAAUUUGUAUAAUUAAAUAAUUUAAUGAAAUUUUAAUUAGAAAAAAAAAAGAAAAAGUGAAACCGUUUCGUGGCGAAACUGAUGAAAGCUCAAUGAAAGAUAGAAAUUUGUUUGUAUAUAAUUAUAUAAAUAAAAAAAAUAUAUAUAUAUAUAGACAAUUAAUAGCUUUCGAGAAAGAAUUUUAAUUUUGAAAAUUAUCAUUUUUAUGAAAAUCGCGGAAAAGUCAUUAAGCUAUACAGUUUAUACAUAUAUAUAUUACUUAAGGUCGUACAUAAGGAUCGUUACAUAGCAUAUUAUGUAUAUACAAAUAUAUCUAAAAAAAAAAAUAAUAAAUCGACAAAUAAAAAUUUUCGAAUUAACUAGUCAA